GUAAGGCGACAUUUCCUGCCCCUGGGGCCAGGGUGAAAGGAGAGAUGAAGAGUUGCUGAGUGUGCACACCUUUCCAGAGCACAUACACACACCCUGCUCUGGGAUCCCUUGUCAGGCUGCCCCCAUGGAGUUCCCCCUGGCCCAGAUAUGUCCCCAAGGGAGUCACAAAGCCCCCAUCCCAACCUUCAGCACCUUCCAGAUCACGGACAUGACCCACAGGAGCUGCCGGAACCUGGGCUACACUGCGGCAUCUCCCCAGGCCCUGGAGGCUGCCUCCAUCCCAGGGAAUGCUGAGAGGGCAGAGGAGGUGCCUGGAGAAGGAAGCCUGUCCCUGCAGGCGGAGACCCGGGCUUGGUUCCAGAAGACCCAGGCCCACUGGCUCCUGCAGCAUGGGGCAGCCCCUGCCUGGUUCCAUGGCUUCAUCACCCGGAGGGAGGCAGAGAGGCUGCUGGAGCCCAAGCCUCAGGGAUGCUACUUGGUGCGGUUCAGCGAGAGCGCGGUAACCUUCGUGCUGACUUACAGGAGCCGGACUUGCUGCCGCCACUUCCUGCUGGCCCAGCUCGGGGACGGGCGCCACGUGGUGCUGGGCGAGGACAGCGCCCACGAACGGCUGCAGGACCUGCUGCGGCACUACACGGCGCACCCGCUCAGCCCCUACGGGGAGAGGCUCACCGAGCCGCUCGCCCGCCAGACUCCUGAGCCUGCAGGACUUCCCCUGAGGACCGAAGAAUCAAACUCUGGAAGCAAAAGCCAGGACCCAAACCCCGAAUACAGCCCAAUCAUCAAGCAGGGGCAAGCCACAGUCCCAAUGCGGAAAGAAGCGGCCCGGGAGAAGGAGCCCUCCCAGCCACUCAGGCCCAAGCCUCCCAUCCCUGCCAAACCUCAGCUGCCCCCAGAAGUUUACACGAGCCCUGUUUCACGACGCCUCCCGGCCCCACCCCCCAAGCCCUCCAAUCCUAUCUACAACGAGCCUGAUGAACCCAUAGCCUUCUACGCCAUGGGCCGGGGCAGCCCCGGGGAAGCCCCCAGCAACAUCUAUGUGGAGGUGGAAGAUGAGGGCCCACCUGCCACCCUUGGGCACCCUGUCCUACGGAAGAGCCGGUCCAGGCCUGUCCCAGGAGGCCAGAAUACAGGUGGCUCCCAGCUGCAUUCUGAGAACUCUGUGAUUGGGCAAGGCCCUCCCCUGCCCCACCAGCCCCCACCCGCCUGGAGACACACCCUCCCCCACAAUCUUUCUAGACAGGUGCUUCAGGACAGAGGACAGGCAUGGCUCCCCCUUGGGCCUCCUCAGUAGGCGGUCCGGCCUGACCCCCAACAAAGAAGCCUGGAGGUCAGAGAAGAAAAUGUGGAGCCUGCUCCCUCCUAAGAGAUCCCAAGAAUCCAAUGGCUCAGUCCUUGAUGAUCUAAGACAGCAAAGAAGUGUGCGAGGAGGGCCCUGCUGGCUCUCACUGUCCUGGUUUCUCCUCCUGGAGUCUAAUUUCCUUGGCCCUCUGAGCCUUUGAGUCUGGGCCCUGGUCCAAUGCUGCUGUUGUCUGAGGAAUGGUUUGGUGAGAACAGAUGUUAGAACUUGUUUGUUGAUUCUUGUCUGGCUAAUAAAUCAUCACCAACUGCCUUCCCCUACAGGGAUUCAAGUCC